AUGAAGAAGAUUUUUGGCUUCAGGAGCAAGGGCCCAUCGCCUUUAGGCCCCUCCGCCAGCCCGCGGAACAACUGCGUGGGCUUUGGGCAUGAGAGUGCAGGCGGCUCCCACAUGCCCAAGUACCACAUUCACGACAAGGAUAUGGGCAAGAUCCACAAGUCUGCCAGCGUGGGUGAUGUAGCCAAAGUACAGCACAUCCUUAUCCUUGGGAAAAGUGGCGUGAACGAUAGAGAUAAGAAGGACAGGGUUGCCCAUGUUGAUAACUUUAUCCUGCAAGAUGUCACUGCUCCUCACCAAGAGUCACUUAAGGCCCAGCCUUCUUCAUUACCAAACUGUAGCAUUUUAUUCCUGCAGAUUGAGGAUCUUACAUCAAAACUGGAAACUUUAUCUUCAAAAUGUCUACAUCUGGAUAAGAAAAAUCAGUGUCUUCAGCAGGAAUUGCUACUGAUGAAAACUGUGCAGAGGAAGUGCGUGAAACUAGAGAAGAACAAGAAGGAACUGGAAGAAGAAGUGGUCAGCCUCCGAAGUCACAUGGCAAGGACCCUGGUGGAGCAGAGUGAGCUGCAGCAGUACAAGCAGGCGGUGGAGGAGCGAGCGAGGCUAGACCUGGUGGAAAAGUUAAAACAGGUCAACCUCUUCCUGCAGGCACAGGCAGCCUCUCAGGAAAACCUGGAGCAGCUAAGAGAGAAAAGUAACGCUUCAGUGAGGAGUCAGCUGGAGCUCCGGAUUAAAGACCUGGAAUCCCAGCUCUCCAGAAAGAAGACUCAGGAAGACUUUGAUAAAAUAGAACUAGAAAAAUAUAAGCAACUCUACCAAGAAGAAUUCCGAAUUAGAAAAUCACUGUCAAGCAAACUGAACAAGUAAGGCACGGACAACAGUGAGUCUCAGAAAAUAUGACCCAGAUGUAUCUCUACAGCAGCAUUUUCAGUGAGACCGGGAGGCUGGGAAGGCUAACUAGACAGUACA